CCGAAACGGCAAUAGAAACAUUUCUGGACUCAAAUAUGAAGCAAUUCCUGCUGCUGCUGGCACUGGUCGGUGCUCUGGCCCUGGCCCUGGUCCAUGGACAUCCGCUGGAGGAGCAGCGCCUUACACUGGAGGGCGCCGAUGCCCAGCCCGUGAACGAUGAGGGAGCCGGCUUUAGGGCAGCACGUCACUUUGGUGGAGGCUUUGGCGGAUUUGGUGGCCGAAGAGGUGGUGGCUGCUGCGGCGGAGGAGGCGGUGGAUUCCGCAGAGGUGGCGGUGGUGGUGGCUAUGGCGGCGGCGGCGGCGGUGCAUCUGCUUCGGCAUCAGCCUCCGCCUCUGCCUCUGCCUCCAGCUAUGGCUAAUAUUGACAUAAACGUUUUGAAAUAUGCCAAAAAUAGAUGAAAGUCGAA